AUGCUACGCUUCAGCGAAGUCUCAAGCACAUGGCGUUGCCAGGUCCCAUUCAAACUGACAUACCUGGAUCUCCGAGGAUUUGUGGAUUUGGGGCGGCCAUCAUGUGCGUUGUGGACCUUGCUUUCACCAGCCAACUUGAUGGCAUUGACUUUGGACGUCGGCCCGGGUUUUGAUCUUGCCGAGUCCUCUGAGUUCUGCGCGACUUCAGUGGUGACCAAUCUUCGACCCAAAGAAUUAACUACGAACCUGGUGGUGCAUGGACUGAAGGACUUCAUACAGUCAUUUAGUGGUUUAGAGGCUUUCAGUAUCACAUCGCCGGUUAUGGCAUGCGUGCCGGAGCCUCUCUAUCUUCUCCUAGAUGCCCUGGCGGAACUACAUUCCGCGACGCUCAAGGUGCUCUCGAUCGACCCGCAAGGAGCCCUGGCCAACCACCUCCUAGAAGAUGCGUGA